GACAGUUUGUUCGAUCGUCCAUGAAACAUGCAAGGCAAUAUGGUUGUGUUUGAAAGAGCAAGUUAUGCCUGAACCCAACACACAAAUGUGGGAGGGUAUUACAGAGAACUUCUACAGAACCACUCAGUUUCCCAACUGUCUUGGAGCACUAGAUGGGAAACACAUCCGUAUACGCAAGCCCCCAAGAAGUGGAUCAAAGUUUUUUAAUUAUAAAAAAUACUUUUCCAUUGUUUUAUUAGCAUUAGUUGACAGCAAUUAUAAGUUCAUUGCAAUUGAUGUUGGUGCAUAUGGCAGCACAGGUGAUUCCCGUAUUUUUAAAAAUUCUGUUAUGGGCCGCCACAUCACAAGUGGCAGAAUGAAAUUUCCAAAUCCAAAGUGUUUACCUGGAGGUCAAAUUGCAUUACCACAUGUUUUAGUUGCUGAUGAAGCUUUUGCAAGUUCUCAAAAUAUCUUAAAACCAUACCCACAGAGAGGGCUUGAUAUUCGCAAACGGGUAUAUAACUAUAGGCUGAGUAGAGCACGCAGAAUGGUGGAGUGUGCUUUUGGAAUUUUAGCCAAUAAAUGGCGCAUUUUACAUACCUCUAUCCAGCUGGAUGUGAAACAUGUGGAUAUGGUCAUUAAAGCAUGCUGUGUGCUACAUAAUUUUCUAAGAUUAAAAGACAGAUAUUUCAGUUUUGAUGAUAUGUGUCAUAAUUUGACUGAUGUUCAUUGCCAUGCUACUCGCUCUACUAUACAUGCCCUUCAGAUUCGAGAUCAUUUUGCAGAUUUUUUUCUUUCUCCCGAAGGUGAAGUACAUUGGCAAUACCACAAAAUGUAAAAAACAUGUUCCUAAGCUGUACACAUGAGUUACAAUAAUUGUCGUUUUGUUAAC